AUGGACGCAACGGUUCCAAUGUCAUAUAGGUUUCCGAACAACGAACUCAGGGUCUUGGAGCCACCUCGAUUUAUUGAUUCUCAUGUUGAGAACAGUCUUCCAUACUACCAAAACGCUGCUCCAGUGACAUACACUCCUCACAUUCCGUCACCACCAUAUGAGGUCCCUGGACACAUGAUGAAUGGGUAUCAUAACUCGUAUCAUCAGCCACAUCUAUUUAAUCACCACCAAACUUCAGGACCGCCUCAGACUCACAGCCAUGCGCAUGCUCAGCCUCUUCAUACUCAUCUUCAUGCUGCUCAAGUCCAUCAUGCGCGCCCUCUUGCACUUCAUCAUCCGCAACAUCCGCAACAAGCCACAAGUGGAGGACAUUUAUCUACAGAACAUACGCCUAUUCAUUCACCUUCCCCGGAUAUCCACCAGGCUUCAAGACGAAUGCCUCAUGUUCAGUCUACUAGGCUGACACAGAACGUGCAACAACAGCCUCAGCAAUCACGCAUUCUGGAUGACUAUCGUUCUGGCGCAUCUCCCGCUAUUACGACAUCUAUCACUACUACAACCACUACCAACAAUGUGAAUAUUCUCACGCCUGUCUCGCCAUCUUCGAAUCCCAUCGUCAACGCCCAGAAAAGAGAGAAGGAACCUUCAGGCGUUACGAAGGAUAUCAAUUUCUCGACAGAAGUCGACAUGCUGAUGAAGACCAUUCAAUCUCAGAAUACCGUUCCUAAUAGCAGCUCUAUAUCUACGCCUACUCCGUCUGUGACAUCGGCAGCUACACCACCACCUCACCACCAAUUCUCUACAAGCCAAUCACAUUAUUCAUCCAACGCAUCACAAAUGCCCUAUCAACUCAGCAUGACAGCUUAUAACUCCUAUGAAAACACGCAGAAUGCAAGUACAUCCGUCCCGCACCCGCAGAAUCAGUCUGGCGGUCGAGUCGUGAGCGAUAGUCCAGAUGGAAGUACGAAACAUAAACGGAAACAUCAAUGCACGUUACCGGGCUGUGGGAAACUGUUUACUCAAAAGACUCAUUUGGAUAUUCAUAUGAGAGCUCAUACUGGAUUGAAGCCAUUUAAAUGCAACGAACCACAAUGCGGACAGCGAUUCUCGCAGCUUGGAAAUCUUCGGACCCACGAACGACGACAUACGGGAGAGAGACCGUUCAAAUGCGAGGUUUGCGGCAAGUGUUUUGCGCAAAAGGGCAAUGUGAGGGCACACAUGUUUACACACGCCAAGUCGAAACCAUAUACAUGUCAGUUGGAUAGCUGUUGGAAACAGUUUACACAACUUGGAAAUCUGAAGUCGCAUCAGAAUAAAUUCCAUGCAGCAACUCUCCGCGAUCUGACCAUUCGGUUUGCGAAUAUGCCAAACCUGGAAGUCAUGACGGCAGAUGACCGAAGUCUCUGGACUUAUUUUGCCAGUUUGUACAAGAACAGCAACAAGGGUAUCAAGGGUCGAGGAAAAGAUCGAAAGAUAGCCUGCACAAAUCCGAACAAGAACAAGAACUCCAGCAAUGGCAAAAGUAAUGGUCGAAGCGGUCGAUCGAAUACGAAUCGCAACAGCAGUGCCAAUGAACAACAUCUUCCAGCUAGUGGCAGCGAUGCAAGUUUGAGUGAUUACCACAGUUUUGGGGAAGAUGGCGACGAAGAAGAGGAAUUGCAUGAGCACCAGCAACACCAAAACCAACACCAACAACGGUAUGCGCAUCACGGUAUGUCUUCCGUGCACCAUGGUGGACACGGUAUGUUAGGGCAUGUUGUGCAUCAUCGAGAACCGUUGUCGGUGUAUUCGAAGAAUGAUCGAUGA